GAGAGGGGGAUAAAGAGUGCGUGUUAGAGAGAGAGAGAGAAAAAGGCAGAGUAGGAUACUGAGUAACCAUCAGCAGAGGGAGAGUGGAUUGAAUAAAAGAACAACGAAGAGAAACUACUAUCGUUAGUAAGGCAUGCUGUAACAUCGGCUCGGCGUUAUGUAUAUGUGUAGUAUGCGAUCGUGUUGAUUCGUGUAUCCUAUAGAGCUUGCACAAGUGGUGAUUAUACUAUCUAGCAAGACUACUUUACCAGGACAUCAUGUACUCCAUAAGACCCCAACUACUUCAGUGGAAAUUGGAAUGGUUUUAUCACAAUGUCAGCUUUGGCAAUAACAGCAAUUUUCUAAAAUUUACAAGGAGUGGCUGUGUGAUUGAUGCUUUAAAUUAAGAAGAAAGAAAGCUUGGAAAAAGAUUCUCUGAUCUUUUUAAUCCUUUGUCAGGGUGAAUGUGAGAACUAAACUAUUAGCUGAUCUUAAAAUAGAUACCAAAGGAUCCCAAUUAACAACUUCAUCUCUCUCUUCUUUUUUUUUUUCCAAGUAAAAUUGCUGUUUAAAUAUUUUGUUUUACCAUGGAGCCAUGCCUUGGGAAUUUUAACCAAAAUAACAUAAACAAGAAAUCAAUUAUUAGUGUACUCCCAUAACAAGAUGUAGUAUUAGUAAAGGCCAAGGUGAGGUGGCCUAAUUUCCUAAUAUGGCCAAAAGGACAGAACCACGGACCUUUAACAUUAGUGUUAUUGGUCUGUCAGGAACUGAGAAGGAAAAGGGCCUCACUGGUGUUGGCAAGUCAUGUCUAUGCAAUCGGUUUAUGCGACCUUUAGCCAAUGAUUACCAUAUGGAGCACAUCUCUGUGUUAAGCCAAAGUGAUUUCGGAGGCCGUGUGAUCAACAAUGACCACUUUCUGUACUGGGGUGAAAUCUCCAAAACCGAUGAAGGAGUUGAUCACACAUUCCAUGUGAUAGAACAGACUGAGUUCACAGAUGAUGUGUCUUUUCAGCCAUUUAAGACUGGCAAGCAUGAGCCUUAUAGUAAAAGGUGUAUUAGUACCAAAGUGCAAUCAGCAGAAAAACUCAUGUAUAUCUGUAAAGAACAACUUGGGAUGGAAACAGACAGCGCUUAUGAGCAGAAGCUGAUGCCAGAUGGCAAGCUGAAUAUUGAUGGCUUUAUGGUAGUGUUUGAUGUCAGCACUGUUCACAACCGGCCAAUUGAGAGACAGGUUGAGUUUGUUUCUCAAAUUCUUCAAUCUUUGCAGAAGAUCCGCAAACCUGUGGUGCUGGCAACUACAAAGCAUGACGAGGCUGUGGACCGAUUCUGUAAGGAAGCUGGAGCAUUGGUCACUCGCAGUAAACUCAAUAUUCCCAUUGUGGAGACCUCUGCACUUGACAACAUCAAUGUAGAAUUGGCUUUUAUGACACUUGCACAUCUAAUUGAUGGUACAAAAAUGAGGAAAAAAAUAAUUCCUUUUGCUGAUGCCUACCGAGCCCGCAAAGAUAUUUUAGAAGUUGCUACCAAGGCAUACAAAAAACUGCUCAAUACUCAGGUUACAGAUCCAAAAGCAUCAUGGACUAUAUGGAAAAAGAAAUUUAUGAAGGAGUCUGAUUAUAAUCAUUAUGUGGAAUUAUUUGGAACUGAAAGUGCCGUAGAACAUUUUCGCAAACAUACCAUGCAUUUAAAAGAACAACAGUUGCGGCAACGAGAAUUGCGAUAUCUAGAUAGUCUGCCAACAGUAUUACAAUACUUCUUAACUUCAUUGGAUGUCAUCUCUGACAAGAGCUGGAUUUCCUGUCAGAACUAUAUUUUCCGCCAUCCAGAUAUGCCAAAAUUUUUUAUCAAUAUGUGUGGAGAGGGUCAAACUUGGAAGGAUUGUAAUUGGUUAGACAGUGACGAUAAGCGCUUACCAUUUGAUUUGCUCAAAUCUUCUGAAGCAGAGACGACAUUCAAGAACCAUGUCAAUGCUUUACAGGAACAGCAUAAGAAAUUAGAAUUAAAAAAAAAAUUCAAAGACUUUUUAGAAGAAAACAAGCAAGUUAAGCCAGGCAAGCCAAUUAGUGAAACAUAUAUCAACUUUGUUGGCAAAGAAUGUUACAACAGUUUGAAUGAACGAGAGCGAGAAGAAGUGUAUGAACAACACCAAGUGGAUUUGCGAAUGCGGGCCAAGCAGGAUUUCCAAGAGUUAAUGUGGGAAAAAUCUGAGAUUUUCACAGAACUCAACCCAUCAGUUAGACUGACACAAGAUGACCUCAAAAUUAUAACAAAUGCCUUACAGAAUGAUCCAAGGUAUCAGUUGCUUGAUCAUCUGGAGGAAGAUCGCAAAGUGAUGAUAUUAAAUCAUCUAGGAUUUAUCCAAUGCCCUUCAAAGGAAAGAUGUUAUUUCCGAGAACAGUGUGUGGAGGCAAUGGCACAGAAAAUUCUCAGUCACAGGCCAGCGAGGCCUGAUAUUUCAGAAAGUGCUGCUGCUCUCAAGGGCAUCGAACAACCUUUCUAUCUGGUUCUUUUAGGAAAGGAUGGACUAGCAUCUAAUAUCAAUCAGGAAAUCAGGCAUUUAUGUGUAGAAGAUGAAUAUAACUGUCAAGAUAUUUUGUUCAGUCUUGAUUACCGUCCCAUUGAUGGUGAUGUCACUCAAGAACAGCAUGCAUUUGUAACCCCUACCUUUAAACCACAUGGCUGUGUUUGUGUGUAUAACUCUCAUCACACAUUUGAAUAUGUGCAAAUGAGUUUGGAGCAGACUUGGUUGUCUGAUUUGGCUAGAGAAGAUGGUUUAGUUUUGGACAGGCUACGAUUUGUGAUAAUCCAGUUCCAUAAUCCUAUGCUUAGUGAACGCGAGAUAAAUCAGUUAAGAGAACAAGGACAACAAUUUGCAGACAACCUGCAGUGUAAAUUCUAUUACAUUCCAUCUGAACCUGAAGGCACUGAAAGAAGGAAAUUCAUUCAAGCACAAACUGAGCAUGCAUUGCAAAGCAUAAUACGUCCUGCUGCUUCUGCAUUAUUAUCAUGUUGGCAGAGUUCAGAUUAUUUAGAAGCAGAUAUGAGAAUUGCUGUGUGUAUGAUGUGUGGUGAUAAAUUUCCCAUGGAAUUUGCUCUUGCCCCAUUGCUCAAUCAAGAAUUCUUCCGUGUUGUUAAUAAGGAUAAUGGCCAAUGGCUGGUUGAUAUAUUCCUAGAUGAUCUUAGAGUGAGAUUGAACAUCAUGUUAACUUCAUAUCAUGGUGCUAACCUCAUGAGGGAUACACUUUUCCAUGGUUACGUAUUGAUUUAUUCAGCUCAGAGACAAGCUUCCCUUUCAACAAUGAGAGCAUUUGCUGCUCAUCUGCAACACCAGAUACCUAUUCUAGUCCUUGCUAUCGCUGAUAGUAUUGGUACUGCUCUAUUGCAUGAUGAAAAUGUUACCACUUUGAUCUCAGAAGGAAGCUCUGUGGCUGAAAAGCUGAAAGCAUACUUCAUGACUACGUCACACACUUUCCAACACCAGCAUUCUGUAUUCACACCUUUCUUUAAUGAUGCAUGGGUUCACCGUGAGGACACAGAAAAUUUUUUCAUCCGCAAUCUUGAUCCACCAUCGCCACCCUUGUCGGAAUCAAACCCAAACAUCGACAAAAGGCCCCCAGCCCCACUGCCCAAGCCAAAUGAUCUGUAUCACACAACCAAGAGCAGUACAAGCAAUAGGUGCGUCUCGCCAGACUGUGGUUGUCAGAGCACAGAAGACUCGGAACCUUUGUAUGAUCAUUUGGUUUUUCCCAACCAAUACCAUUCAGACAGUGAACAGGAACGAGCGUCCUCUCCUUCUCCACCUCCCAUUUCAUCACCAACUGACUAUGAAAUUAUUAGUAGUAUAGCUGCUCAAACAAAUGGAGAGCAUCUUAUAAAGCCAAGCGAAAUAAAGAGCCGACGUAACAAAUAUGUGGGGCCUGAUGAAGAUGAUUUUGAAGAUGUCACUGAUAAGUUGAUAUUUUCUCCAGAGUAUUUUUCUAAACAAUAUAGAGACCAUCAUCGUAGAUCAUACCCUGCUGCAGACGUGGCUGAUACCAUGCACUUAUUUAGCCUGUACGGGAUAAGUGACCCAGUUGCUGAGGCUCAUCUCCACCCACCAUCCGCAUAUCCAUUCAAGAAGUCGUCCAGUAUGAGGUUAUCUGAAAAGGCAGAGUUUGAAGAAUUACUGGAUACAUCCCUAUGUGAUAAUCCAAGUUGCCAGCAGGAUGAUACUGUAUGGACUAAUAACCAAUUUAAACCAAUAAGAGAUAAAGCAUGCCGAACCCGGUUGGAGCCAGGGCCAUUGAAUAGGAGACAGUUUGAACCUGUGGCAAAGGUGAUCACUCGCAAUAUUACCAACACCCGAAACAUGCCCAAUAGUAGCCGUGUCCAGGCUCCACUUGCUGUCCCUGAACCGAUAGAAAUAGCCGAUUAUGGUACAGUCAAGGAUGCUCUCCUCCAGUCUCCCACGGAGAGUGACUAUGCUCUAGUCGAAGAUGCUCUACCUGCAGGAAAAGUUCAUCGUAUCAAAUCAACACGCAAGAAGGAUCAUAAAGACAAACAGAAACACAAACUAUAUGGGCUGCCAGAUUUAGUGUGGGUACCAGUUCGCAGCCAGUCGCCUUCUGAUGGCAGUGAGGGCACAGGCGAUGAGCUUCUCGUUAGAAGGAAACCUCGUUCUUUUAAAAAGAAAUGUCGCUCUCCAACAAUGGAGAGCAGUACAUGCAUCGUUAGUCCACCUUUAUCAGACAGUGAUAAUGUAGGCUCGCCUCCCCAUCGCUAUGAAGAAAAUUUAUAUGAAACAAUUUGUCCCUUAGAUGACUACAAUCAAGGUACACUUUCAAAGUAUGACACCUUAGAUGACUAUGGAGAUCUCACUGAUGGUAGCAAUUGGAAGGACAAGUUCCAUGUGAAAAUCCGCCACAAAGAAAGCACAACUGACAGAGCGAAGAAAAAAGAAGAGAAAAAGAGACAGAAAGAAGAGGAGAAAAAGCUUAAAGAGCAGCAAAAAUUACAGAAGAAAAUUAAAAAGAAAGAUGGCAAAAUAGCUGGUGCAUCGCAAAGUGGUCUAGUAUUAGAAGACUAUCAAAUGUCAACUAAGAACCAUGGUGUACCUUUAUUUGUAGAAAGAUGUGUUGAAUUCAUUGAUGAAGAAGGUAUGACUGCCGAAGGUAUUUACCGGGUUCCUGGAAAUCGUGCCCAAGUAGAGCUACUACUAAAUAAAUUUCAAGAAGAUACUUCAGUUGACAUCAUGUCCUUAGAUAUUCAAGUGAAUGCAGUUGCAACUGCCUUAAAAGGUUUUUUUAAUGAUUUAAUGGAAGCAUUGUUUCCUUCAAACCUUAUCAAUGAGUUAACGGAAGCAUCUGAAGGAAAAGAUGGAGCAGGGUUUCCAGAAAAAAGCAGCAGACUAUUAGCAUUAAGAGGAGUCCUUAAGAAAUUACCACCUACAAAUUAUGAAGUUCUCAAGUACCUCAUUACCCAUUUCAGUCGAAUCAGCCGUUCCUAUGCUACCAAUAACAUGGACAGUAAGAAUUUAGCAAGGUGUUGGUGGCCAACUUUAAUUCGAAUGGACUUUCAGUCUUAUGGAGAAUUGACUUACAAUUCUCGGAUUCCUCUUGAAAUUUUACAAACUCUCAUUGAACAGUGUGGCUUCUUUUUCCAUGGAGAGAAUGAAGUAUGACUUGCUAUGUCUGCUAUCCAAAUUUUACCUUUGUCUGUGUAUCUAUCACUUUCUCUCUCGCCUCUGUCCAUGGCAGGUGCAAUGUGGCAAGGGAUAACCAGCAGUUAGUCUGACAUACCAUUUAAUUUUACGGUCAUCAUCUACAUUAUUAUUAAUAUUAUUAUUAUUAUUAUUAUUAUCAUCAUCAUCACUACUACUACUGCUAUGAUUACUACUACACAGACAUUUUUUGUCCCAGACAUGUUCAUCAGGCAUCAGUUGCAACUUUUACAUGUUGCAUUUUACUAGAGCAUUGAGUCUUACAGCAAUCUUAUUAUUAUUAUGAUUAUUAUUAUUAUUUGUUGUUGUUGUUGGGUAUUUUAACUGCUCUGAGUAACUUUGGAUCUGAAAUAGAAACACUCUUUUUUUAUUCUUACUGAGAACCAGAAUGAAGAAUGUAAGUUGCAGAACCACAGAUGAAGAAGAAAAAUGCCAAUGUUCAACUAAGAUCAUCAGAUAAUAACAAAAGUAAUUGAUGCUCCCCUUCUAAUGGCUUUAUUUUUCUUUUUUACUUUUUCCACUCAUUUUUUAAUUCUAUACCCUUUCAAAGUUAUAAUACAAGGGUGAAGGUUUGAGUAGUUAAUCCAUGGGCAAAAAAGAAAAUUAGAAGAAAAAAGUUAACAAAAAGUGGUUUAAGUAAUAUUCUAUUUAACAAAGGAACUUAGAGACAAACUUAGAUCUUUCCCCUUUUACAUUCCCUUAAAAAUUCAUAGUGAAUAGUUUGAAUAUUUAUUUUCACUUAAAUAAGCUUAUGUAUAUUUUCUAUAGAAAAGUUGUUUUAUUAGAUGUAGUAUUAAGAAAUGUUGAAAUUUGUUAUAAAAUUAUUUGAAUUAUUUUUUGCUAUUAUUAAUUUUUUUUUUAAAUUAACAAAAGAGAAAAAAAAAUCAACAGAGAAAACCAAAUUUUCUGGUAGUAUUAAAUAACAUAUUUCCAAAGAAUGAUGGAUUGCUCUACAUUGCAAAUAAUGUCCUUUGGACUAUUUGUGAAUGAUUCACAUAUCCUCUAAGUAAAUUGAUAUAGACUUCUUAAUAACUGUCAUACAGUUAUCAUUGUGAAUAAAUACCACACUUUUGUAGGAUACUCUGACACAGUAAUAUAACCGAGUAGAAUAUAUUAAAAAAAUCAAAUUUAUCAGUCUCACUGAGAGAUUAUUUUAAACUGAUUUUAACAUAAAUUAAGUUGAAUUUCCCGAGAGCAGUGAAAUUGAAAGAAAUGUUGUUUUAUUUAGUCAGCAAUAUGAACAACUAUUACUUAAAAGUAAUCAGAAGAAAAUAGUUAUCAAGAUCUUUAUGAUGUUAUUUUCAGUCUUGGACAUUCCAGACAGUAUUUUAUUAAUUUAAUUUAUUUUAAUUACUCACGGUAUUAUUGUAUUAAGAUAACAAGAAACAGUGUUUCAUCAGCAACUGCUUGUAAUUCUGCUGGAGAAUGCUCUGUUCAGCACAAUAACUCUUUAGUGGUUAAAAUUAAAUGUAGAUAGGAGAAAACAUUGUUCUUAUUUUUCACAAACAACAACUUUUAUUUUACUACACUCUGCUUAUAGUAUAUUGUAAAUAAUAAAGUAUAACUGGUUCAUAGUGGCUACAGCUUUACUCUUCAAUAGUUAGUAAAAGUGUCUAGUUUAUUUAUUACUUAUUGCUUCUGUUGGAUAUCCAAUGAGAAACAUUGAUUUACUACAUGUUUCUCCAUUGAAUAUUGUGUUGUAUUUUUCUUUGGUGGUAGAGGCCUUUAUUUGUAAAAAUAUAAACAAUUUUCCUAUAUUGAUAUAAAAUUAUCAAAUUCCCCAAGUCAUCACAUAUUCUUUGCUAAAAAGAAAAUAAAAUGUUGACUCAAUUCUGUUCAGGUGUUUUUGCUAGAAUUCUAAUAAUUUUUCAUAAGUGAUAUAUGUAAGUUAUAUUCCACUACUAGCUUUUUCGGUUCUGCAUUGAUGCAAUAUCUGUUGGAGUUGUACAUUGUUUAUCAUGACUUUUUUUUGUGAAAGUAUUUUCUCUAAUUACUGAUUCAAAUCAGUCACUAUCUCAGUUAUUCAUUUGUGUGUGUUUUCUACACACACACAUCACAGCUGUUCUGAAAUGUGUUUUUGAUAUCACUGAUACAGUGCUGGAGCUAAAAGUCAUGGAACCCUUCUAGACCUAAAAGUCAUGAAGUCAAACCCUUCCAUAGGUAUAUUAAUAAGCAAUUUACAUCACUUUGUUGUAAAUUAUUUACAUAAAAUUUGUUAUUUGGUUAUAUAUAUCUUAUAAUUGUAGAGCCUGUUAUUGAAUUAGCUGAAAAACCUUUAAGCAAGUUUUAUUGCCUUAAUGCAUAUAAAAUAUAUUUCCCCCCCGAUAGGUAAUAUUGUCCCUGUUCCUUAUAGAAGGCCAAUCAUUGAAGCAUUUAUAAGUGCAAGCAACUUUGAUAUGAAAUUGCAGUUUUUCUGAUAAUUUCAUUGUUAUAAUUUCCAAUUCAUUCAAACUCAUGAACUAGAUCAGCAGAAUGUAUCCUGCAGUGUGCUUAAACUAUGGCUUAAAUUUGUAUGUAAAAAUAUUAUUGUUAAUAUUAGUAUCAUAUUCAUGACUAUGUAGUUGAAUUUUAAGAGGGAGGGGGGCAGUAUAUUUUGAAGGAUGAUGUGCAACAGAUCCAAUGGAAACUAAUGAGAGAUUUUCCUGGAUUUGUAUGUGAUCUAUAAAGACCAACAAUUGUGCAUGUACUGAAAGGCACACAGCUUUAUUGUAAGAGAAGAGUUAUAUAGUAAUUAAACCUUAUUUUCCAUCAUAGAGAGGGGAAACUUGUGUAGAUUGCUGGUUUAUUUCUCAAUUAUAUAAAUCUGCUGUUGGUUGUUUUAUGUAUGAUUUUGUUGAGCUUUCUACUUCCACACUUUCCCCUCUGUGCAUUGAUGUUGAAUCUUGAUAUUUCUUUAGGAGUGAACAUACCCUUGCCAAAUGUAUGUCAUUAUCCCAUCUCUUUCCUUUCUUCCCAUCUUCCUCCUCCUUUGUUUUUUAUGUCUCCCUUUCUUUGUCAUUUUUUUUCUUCUUUACUUUCCUCAAGCAAAUAAACAUGAAGCUAUUAUUGUUUGGAUAGGG